CGCCCGUGGACCCCUUCACUGCCUCACCUGGACCGUUGCCGGGAUAUCUUGCGCCUCGUCUUACUCCGCGCAUAUCGGGAAGCACCACCUGCCCUCGCCGAGGAACCAACGGAAGCUCAAAUCGAUCCUUACUAGCGCCGCGGAGGAGGCGCGGAGCCGCAGACACCAUGGUCAAGAAAGCCAUUGAUUCGCGCAUUCCCGCGCUCAUCCGGAACGGAGCCCAGGAGAAGAAGCGUAGCUUCUUUGUCGUCGUCGGUGACCGCCAGAAGGAUGUCAUCGUCAACCUCUACCACAUCCUGCUGAACGUCGACGUGAAACUCAACAAGUCGGUCCUGUGGGCUUACAAGAACAAGCUGCUUGGCUUCACCAGUCACAGACAGAAGCGCGAGAAGAAGAUCAAGAAAGAAAUCAAGCGCGGCAUUCGUGACGUCGACACCGAGGACCCUUUCGAGCUGUUCAUCUCGACCCAGAACAUUCGCUAUGUAUACUACAAAGAGACGGAAAAGAUCUUGGGUAACACGUAUGGCAUGUGUAUCCUGCAGGACUUCGAGGCCAUCACCCCGAAUCUGCUGGCAAGAACCAUCGAGACGGUCGAGGGUGGUGGACUGGUCAUUCUGCUGCUCAAGGGCAUGAGCAGCUUGAAGCAGCUUUACACUCUGUCUAUGGAUAUCCACUCGAGAUACCGGACUGAAGCGCAUGGAGAUGUCGUUGCGCGCUUCAACGAACGCUUCAUUCUUUCUCUGGGAGGCUGCGAGUCGUGUCUCGUGGUUGACGAUGAGCUGAAUGUGCUCCCGAUCUCAGGCGGUAAGAACGUUCAGCAGUUGCCUCCUCCCGACCCGGAGCUGGAGGGCAAGACGAAGGAGGCGAAGGAGCUGGAAGAGAUCAAGGAAUCUCUGGCGGAUUCGCAGCCGGUGGGUUCCUUGGUCCAACUGGCAAGAACCGUGGAUCAGGCCAAGGGUCUGUUGACGUUCGUGGAUGCUAUUGCUGAAAAGACGCUUCAAAGCACUGUCACACUCACGGCUUCCAGAGGUCGUGGUAAGUCGGCGGCUUUGGGUAUCGCGGUGGCCGCAGCAGUUGCGCACGGUUACAGCAACAUCUUCAUCACUGCGCCGAGUCCCGAAAACUUGAAAACUUUCUUCGAGUUUGUCUUCAAGGGCUUCGACGCCCUCGAGUACAUGGACCACGUGGAUUACUCGAUUAUCCAGUCGACUAACCCUGACUUCAACAAGGCCAUUGUGCGUGUCAAUGUGCACCGCAAGCACAGGCAAACCAUCCAGUAUAUCCAGCCCCAGGAUGCUUAUACGCUUGGCCAAGCCGAAUUGUUGGUUAUCGAUGAGGCUGCGGCCAUCCCCUUGCCUCUUGUAAGAAAACUGAUGGGACCUUACCUGGUCUUCAUGGCCUCUACGAUCAACGGUUAUGAGGGCACCGGAAGGUCUCUUUCCCUGAAGCUCAUCCAACAACUCAGAGAGCAAUCUCGUGGAGGAAAGGUCAAGGGUGACGAGAUCGUUGCAGACCGUUCCACUGGUAAGGAAGCUAAGAAUGGCUCUGAACUAGCCACUGGCGGUCGCACGCUUCGCGAAAUUACCCUCUCUGAGCCCAUCAGAUACGCGCCUGGAGAUGCAGUCGAGAAGUGGAUGAACAAGCUUCUGUGCUUGGACGCCACUUUGCCCAGGUCGAAGAUCAACACUCAUGGCACCCCUCACCCCUCGCAAUGUCAGCUUUUGCACGUUAACAGAGAUACCCUCUUUUCUUUCCACCCCGUUUCCGAAAAGUUCCUGCAACAGAUGAUGGCUCUCUACGUUGCCAGUCAUUACAAAAACUCGCCAAACGAUCUUCAGCUCAUGUCGGAUGCGCCCGCACACCAGCUGUUUGUCCUUGUCCCGCCUGUUGACGAGGGCAGCAACCGUCUUCCUGAGCCUCUUUGCGUCAUUCAAGUGGCUAUGGAAGGUCAGAUCAGUCGCGAGAGCGUGCUGAACAGCCUUAGCAGAGGUCAAAGAGCCGGUGGCGAUCUUAUCCCUUGGCUCGUUAGCCAGCAGUUCCAGGACGAGGAUUUCGCCGGCUUGUCAGGUGCCCGUGUUGUUCGGAUUGCCACGAACCCCGACUACAUUGGUAUGGGAUACGGAUCCAAGGCCAUAGAGCUGCUCAUGGACUUCUACGAGGGCAAGUUCACCAGCUUGUCCGAGACGGAGCCUACUGAGGCGGAGGAGAUGGUCCGGGUCACCGACACUGAGCUGGAGAGCUCGAGCUUGCUCCAGGACAAUGUCAAGGUCCGCGACAUCAACAGCAUGCCGCCGCUCUUCUCCCGCCUGUCGGAGAGGAAGCCCCCUGCACUUGACUGGAUUGGCGUCAGCUACGGUCUCACGCCGUCCCUGCACAAGUUCUGGAAGCGCUCUUCAUACGUUCCCGUAUACGUCCGCCAAACCGCCAACGACCUUACUGGCGAGCACACUUGCGUUAUGCUGCGCUCCCUCGACACACCCAACACCGACCAAAGCUGGCUCGGUGCGUUUGCGCGCGACUUCCAUCACCGGUUCCUUUCCCUGCUGUCGUACCAGUUCCGCGCCUUCCCCUCGGUCACUGCCCUCAGCAUCGACGAGUCUGCUUCCGCCGGAACCAAGCACGACACGGCCGCGUCUCCCAAACCGCUCAGCAAAGCCGAGCUCGACAACAUCUUUUCGCCCUUCGACCUCAAGCGCCUGGACAGCUACGCCAACAACAUGCUCGAUUACCACGUCAUCCUCGACAUGUUGCCCACCAUCGCGCACCUCUACUUCAGCGGCCGCCUGCGCCCGGCAAUCAAGCUUUCGGGCGUGCAGACGUCGCUCCUCCUUGCCAUCGGCCUGCAGCGCAAGGUCCUCGAGGACGUAGAGAAGGAGCUCGGACUCGGCUCGAGCCAGCUGCUCGCCAUGUUCGUCAAGGUCAUGCGCAAGGUGUCGUCGCACUUCCGCAACCUGGUCGAAGGCGCCGUGGCGGAAGAGCUUCCGGACGCGCCCGAAGCCGCUGACGGCGCGGACGAGGAGGCCGACGAGACCCACAAGCGCUUCCAGCCUUUGGCGCAGAGCCUGACGGAGGAGCUGGCAGAGGAGGCGGACGAGGUCAAGCGCGCGGAGAAGGAGCGCAUGAAGAGCAUGAUUGACGCUCUGCCGUUGGAUAGAUACGAAAUCGCAGACGGCGGCGCCGACUGGGCCGACGCGGAGCGCCAGGUCGCGAAGGCGGCGACGUCGGGAGACGCCCGUCGGAGCACGACUGUCAGCGUCAAGACGAAGGGGAAUGGCGGGAAGCGCAAGGCGGGCGAGGCGGUCGGCGAGGCGUACAAAGAGGUGGAGUCGGCGAGGGAGGGCAAGAAGAGCAAGAAGGCUGGUGGUGGGAAGAAGGGAAGGUAAAAGUGAGGAAUGUUGUUGUUGCUGCGUGAGUGGCUGUUUUGUAGCUCUGUUUGUAGAGCUGUUUUUUUCCUUUCGCAUAGGGUGGUGUUUGGGUCGCGUGUCGUGUUUUGGGGGUCCGGUAGGAAAAUUUACCAGUUUUUUGUGCAUUUGUUUGAGGGUUGUGCUGGGGGUGGUGUUUUGCGGCGGUUUGUUUGUGUGCUUAGCAGAUGCUGGCGGUGGGGAAGCGGGUGGAAACCAGAUUCUGGGUGAGUG